UGAUAAAAAAAUUAAAGUCUUUUCUGACCCGAAUUAUCACAGCCACAGCUCUAGGGAUGAUUUAACCAACGUUGGUAAGAAGAGAGCAGAUCCUACCUCAGCCAACAGCAAAGGUCGGCCCGGGGGUCACAGGAGGACCCACCUGUCAGAGGUGUCCCCCCUCAGCAGUGAAAACGGCAGCCCAAGAUCUUCUCAAAAGAACCUGAGUGGAAUGUCAUCUGAGGAAUCACUGAACACCCGACUCCGUCCAGGCGUGAACGGUAAACACUCCAAGACACAGUCCAACGAACUUCAAGAGGACCUCAAACGCUUGAUUGACAUGGACCUCAAAAACAGUGACCUCAGAGGCAUACUGCAGGGCAGCUCUAUAGAGAGACCGUCUUUUCCACUGAAGAGAACCAUGUCUGAUGAAAGCCUCCACAGUCAGAAGGGAGCCACCAUAUCCCCCUCCCGAGAGGCCAUUGUGGCGGACCUCAUUUUCUCCACCGCCCCUCCAGUACCUGCUCUCCCUAAGGAGGUGCUGGGAGAUGCAAGGUUGUCCCCUCGUGCUAUGCUGGACAGUGCUAUGGCAGCCAAAGCCCGGCAGGUAUUGAGUCGUAACGCUGCAGCUGCUCAACCCAGAACUCAACAGAACCCUGUCCCUCUCCCCGAGUCAGCGGCCAGCUUAGACUGGUCCAAUCUGGUCAACGUAGCUACAAAGGCCAUAGAAAGUACAGAUGGCUCUAAGUCCCGAAGUUCUGGUAGGGAUCCAAAGGACAGAGCUCUCCCACCUGAACCAAGUAAAGCGGGGGUCAACAAACCAACCAGCAGUUACACAAAGCCCCCAACCAGCCAGCCACAGGGGAGUUCAGUUUGGAGGUCUGCUGUAUCUAACCCCCAGCAGAGAAUUCAGGAGCUGGAGAACAAAGUAGAGCAGCUAGAGAUGGACCUAGAUAAGGAGAGGAAAGAGAAUGCUGAUUUGGAGGCUGAAGUGGAGUCACUGAGACGAGACAACAUCCGUCUUCAGGAGGAAUCACAGACUGCUGCGGCACAGCUCCGCAAAUUUACCGAGUGGUUUUUCCAAACGAUAGACAGACAGUAGAUAUUACUCUGUGUAAAGGGGAAUAACUCAACAAAAAGAUAGAGAGCAUUCUUCAGUGAUAUUCUUAUGUGAUAGAAAUUUUGAAUUUAUGAAAUCCAUGACUGUUUAGGCUGCUAAAUAAGGUAUUUGGAUCAAAUUUAAGUUUUAAAUGAAGUAUUACAGGAGGUGUUUAUGCAAAUCAUGUUGAAUCCCAUAAACAGGGGAUAAAAUUUUG